ACAUUACUGGUUGGCGUUGGUUUUUGUUGCAUACAAAAAAGGCGGACGGAGGACCGAGCCGUAAAAUCUAGGAAAAUACAAGAAAAUUUCGGCAUCAAAUUCGAUGAAUUUAACUAAUACAAGUGCUUUUUGUGUUCUACGUUGCAUUUGUUUUGAGUUUUCGGCGACAAGCGCGUGUGUUUGUUGUGACCCAGUGAAAGUGAAGCUGCCUGCAUUUCGAUUUCCAUGUCCAUGUCCGCGGUAGCAACAACAAAAGCGAAGAGAAAGAAAAGUGAAAUUUGAGCAAAUCGAAUAGCGCAUGCUACUCUGGCUAGUCAACAACAAAUCCAAAUAAUGGAAAAUUUAAAAAUUAGCGAAAAGCUAUUCGAAGAUGUGAUCUACUAUGUGCUCGGCAGCUUGGAUGAUGAGGGCGAACGAUUGCUAAAGAACGGCGGCGCACAAUCGAAACUUUAUCUCUCGGACCAAAUCACACAUUUAAUAUGCGCCAGCAACUAUUCGGAGGAGGAGCUGUCCAUGAAUCUGGAUCUCUACAAUGUGAUACCCGUCACGGAACAAUGGAUCUCGCACAGCGCAAAGCUCGGACGCAUGGCCGGCACCCGCGCGUUCCAUCCCAGCUUGCAGCGUUUCUUACGCGGCAUCCGCGUUGCCAUCACCAAUGUGGUGGCCAGCGAUCGACGUCGUCUGUAUGCCAUGCUCACGUUUCAUGGUGCAAUUGUCACACACAGUUUUGGGGCAACGAACUCGCAUCUGGUAUGCGGUGCUGCCACUGGAGGGAUCUACAAUAAAGCGCUGGCGCUUCCAAAGAAUGCCAUACAAAUUGUGACUCCCGAUUGGGUGACAGAUUGCCUCAAGUGCAAGGCGUCGCUACCUUGCGAACCGUAUCAUCCCAGGCUGCUGAAGCCCAUCGAAAAGCAGCGCGCACAGAAGCAGCAGCAACAACAGCAACAGAAUCUGCAACAACAACAGCAACAACAACAACAGCAGCAGCAGCAACAACAACAGCAGUUGCAGCAGCAAUUGGCACAGCAGCAGCAAGUGCAGCAGCAACAGUUGCUGCAGCAAUUGCCACAGCAGCAGCAACCGCAGGCACCUUCCGCUCCACUGUCGGAUAUUCUGGGUUAUGUUGAUGACAGCGCGGCCAAGAUUGCGAACAUAAAGUCGCAUCUGCAGGCAUCCGCAGAGCGUGCUGCUGCCGAACAGCAACAACAGCAGCAACAACUGCAGCAACAGCAGCAGCAACAACAACAGCAGCAAUUGCCACAGCAAGCGCAGCAACAAGUUGUCUUUGUGCGUCCACGUAACCUGCAGCAGCAGCAGCAACAACAAAUGCAACAGCAGCAGCAACAUGUGCAGCAGGGAGCACCGCAGGCGCCACCUCCACCGCCACCACAGCAACAACAACAGCAAAUAAUAAUACAGCAACAGAAAAUUAUACCGGCGAAUCAAUUGCAGCAGCAACAGCAAGUGCAGCAGCAGCAGCAGAUUAAGAACAUAUUACAGCAGCAACGGCAAAUGAAAAAUACACAACAGCAGCAGCAACAACAAAUUCAGCUAAUGCAGCAACAGGAUCAGCAACAGCAGCAGCAACAACAACAACAGCAACAAAUUUUGCAGCAACAGCAGCAGCAACCACGGCUGCCAACCACGCCUACCAUGUCGCAGCCGCCCUUGCCAACUGGACGACAAACGCCGCGCACGCCGCAGCCAUCAACAACACCGCAACCCAUGCAAUCACCGCAGCAACAACAGCUUCCACAACAACAACAGCAACAGCAAUUACCCCAGCAGCAACAGCAGCAAUUGCCCUCACAGCAGCAACAUCAACAGGUGCCGGUGUCACCGCAAAUGCUGCAGCAGCAUAUAUUGCGGCAGCAACACAUGCUGCAACAGCAACAAUUGCAACUGCAGCAUAACAUACAAGCCGGCCAAAGUUUGACACCGCAGCAACAGGCACUUCAGCGACAAAUACAGCAGCAGCAACAGCAAUUGCUGCAACAACAACAGCAGCUGCAACAGCAAAUCCAGCAAAUGCAACAACAACAACAGCAGCAGCAGCAACAACAAUUGCCUCAGCAACAACAACAACAACAACCGUUGCAGCAACAGCAAUCACCGCGGCUCGUGCAGAAUCGUUCGCCUGUGAUGCCUCCAAAUACGCCGUCACCUUCGUUACAACAGCAGCAACAUAUGCCCGGUAGCAGCAACAUGUUGCCACCUCAAUCGCCCCGACAACUACAAUCGCCAGCACCACAAAUGACACCGCCACCGCCCCCCUCACCGCAAAGCGCGCAACAAUUGUUGCGCCAGCAGCAACAUUUGCAGCAGAGUCGCCAGCAGCAGCAGCAACAACAUAUGAUGGGCUCACCGCAACAGCAGGCGCCGUCAGCUGCCAUGAUGUCGCCGCAGCAACAGCCAUUCCAGCAGCCAGUGCAUCAGCAGCAACGCAUGCAAUUGCAACAGCAGCAACAACAACAAUUGGCACAACAACAACAGCAGCAGCAGCAACAGAGUCCGCAGCACAUUUCGGCGCCGCAAUCGCCACAAAUUUCACAAACGCCGCCCAUGACCAACAAGCCGCAGCAACAGCAACAAGCACAACAUCAGCAACAGACACAACAGCAGCAGCAACAACAGCAAUCAUUUGUGCAACCAAUUGAUCCAACAGAUCCAGUGCAAGUAGCUCAAGUUUUGAGUCGUUCCACGCUCAGCAGCAAUCAGGACUCGCUGAUUAUGCGUCAGCAACAGAUAAAGCAGCAACAACUGCAACAGCAGCAGCAACAACAACAGCAGCAGCAGCAACAACAACAAAUGCCACCACAACAACAUACGCCAUCGCCGCGACAAUCACCGCUACAUCAACAGCAACCCACAACGCCAACACAACAGCAACAGGAGAGACCACUUCAGCAACAGCAACCUACAACGAUCCAGCAGCAACUGGUGCCUGGUCCACAGCAGCAGCAGCAGUUAGUGACUGGUCCCCAGCAACAGCAAGGGCAACAGCAGCAGCAGCAACAAGUCAUAACACAGCGACAUGUCAUCAACACAUCGACGGCACAAGGACAACAAAUCAUCCAGAGUCACAUGAUGAACAUACAACAGCAGAAGCAGCAACAAAUGCUACAAUUACAGCAGCAACAACAACAGAUAAUACCACAACAGCAGCAGCCACAGCAACAACCUCAACAGCAGCAGCAGCUAACACAGCAGCAACAGUUGCCACCACAGCAGCUGCAGCAGCAACAGGUGCAGUUCACCCAGCAACAGAAUAUUGCUCUGGGCACUGGUGGACAAGUGCGGAUAAUACAGCAGACAAUACAGCCGCCGCAGCAACCACAGCAGCAGCAACUGAUGGGACAACAGUUUGUACAUCAGCAACAACCACAGCAGCAGCAGCAGCAACAAGUGCUGACACAGCAGCCGCAGCAACAUGCGCUGCAGCAACAACAACAACCGCAGCAACAGCAACAACAACAGGCGCCGGCGAUGCAGACUAAAAAGUUCAUCAUCAGUCAGCAGCAAUUCAAUCAACUCAGCGUGCAGCAACAGCAGCAAAUUCUUGCUCAAAAUCAACAAAAUCAGAAUGUGUUUAUUGUCAACUCGACAAAUAUAUCACAGCAGCAGCAGCAACAACAGCAACAGCUGGUGCAACAGCGACAAAUGUUGCAGCAGCAACAACAACAACAGCAGCAGCAACAACAACAAUUGCAGCCCAAUCAAAUGAUGCUGCAGCCACAGCAACAAUCACCGCAACAACAACAGCAGGCACCACAGCAAAUACAGCAGCAAUUGCUAACACAGCAGCAGCAGCAACAACGUUUGCAAAUGCAGCAACAACAACAACCACAGCAGCAGCAAAUUGUGAUAAAUCAGCAAGUGAUCAGCGAUCCGCAGCGACUGCAAUAUCUGCAACAGCAGCAACUGUUGCAGCAGAAGCAGCAACAACAACAACAGCAGCAACUUGUGGGUUCUCCACAGCAGCAGCAGCAGCAAAUACUUAUACAGCAGCAGCAGACGUUGCCACAACAGCAACAACAACAGCAGCAGCCACCACAGCAAAUCAUGCAACAAGUGCUGAUCAAGCAACAACAACUGACGCAACGCACGCCGCCACCGCAAUCCCCACAGCAACAGCAACAACAGUUGAUGUUGCAGCAGCAAUCACCGCAACAUCACACACAGCUGCAGCAGCAACCGCACUGGUCGCCGCAGAGCCCAGUGACCAAUCAAUUGGCGCCUGCAACACCGGGCACGCCUACCACCAGCAUGGGCAUGCCAUCGCCGCUGCCGGGCACGCCAACAACACCGCAGCAACAGGCACCGCCACAAUUUGCACCACGCGGCAUGCGACCACAGACGCCUUGGCCUGCACAAAAGCAGCAGCAACAAUCGCCACAAACGCAGCAGCCACAACAACAACAGCAGCAGCAAACACAGCAGCUGGUGUUGCCGCCGCCACAGCAACCACAACAGCAGCAGCAGCGACAACUCAUACAUCUGGACGAAAAGACGCAUGCUCACUUCAUGUCACUGGAUGCCAAAAAACGUGCCGAGUACAUUUCGAAGUUGAAUCAAACCACGCCCCGAGUUAUGCUCCGCCAACAGGUCGCCUAUCAGCCUCGUCCUGGUGCGCCAGGCAGUGUCGUAGCCACACGUGCACCCGGCCCAGGACCGGUGCCCGGACCCGGCACGCCGCACAUCAUUGUGCAGAGCCAGAUGCCAGCGGGCUUGACGCAGCACGAGCAGAUGAUUUGGCUGCAGCAGCAGGGCACACGUCAAGUUGUUGUGCGCGCCGGCGGAGCACCUGGACUUACGCCAAUUGCGCAGCAGCAACAGCAACCAGGCACUGCACCGCAGCAACUGCCACAGCAACAACAACAGCAACAAUUUGAUCCCAAUCAGCAAAUGUUGUUGCAGCGACAGCAGCUGCGUGUGCAGCAGAUACCAAUGCAACAGGCGGUGCAGCCAGGGCAGCUGGGCAAGCAGACGGUGCAGUUGAUAACGGGGCCAAAUGGUCAGCUCAUAGAGCAGCAGACAAUUGUGCAGCAGCCACAGCAGCAACAACAACAGCAGCAACCUCCCACACCGGGCACGCCCACCACGCCAGGAACAGCAGUGGUUGUGGGCGGCGCCAACGGCGGCAACAUUAUGACGCAAACGCUGGUCAUGUCGACAGCAGCGCCUGAUGGACAGCAGCAGCAGCAAACGCCGCAACAGAUGAACCUAAAGACCAAGACAGCGCUCGCCAACAUGCUGAGCAAUCGACUCGGCAACAACGGUGCACAAGUAACACCGCAGCAGCAACAGCAACUGAUUGCCAUGGGCGAUGCACAGCAGCAGCAGCAACAACAAAUAGUGCAACAAGUGGUGGUAACGGGACCACAGCAGCAGCAACAGCAGCAGUUAUUGCUACAACAACAACAACAGCAAUUGGUGGCACAGCAACAACAGCUGCCCAAUCCACCGCAGCAACAUGUGGAGCCGCCUUCGGCAGCUGGCGCGCUGCGCAUGAUGGGGCAACAACACAAUGCUGCAGUGGGCGUGGCAGGACCACCGCGCACCCAACAAGAACUGUUGCUGCUACAGCAACAGCAGCAACAACAACAACAGCAGCAGCAACAACAGCAACAGCAAAUGCUGCAGCCACAGCAAAUGCGACGCGUUGUCGGCGUGCCGCAGCAGCAACAACAGAUGCCACAGCAACACCUGGUGCAACAGCAGAUUGUGGUGGCCCCACCGCCGCCCAACGUGCAGCAGCAGCAGCAACAGUUGCAAGUGGGCGGCAUGCCAGUGCAAGUGGCUGGUCCGCCACAUGCUUACAUCGCGCGUCCGGGCCAGCCGCCAAUUCCCAUGCCACCGCGACCGCAAUUCUACGGCCACAAUCCGAACCUGAAGCUGCCGUCCGACUUGUUCUUGGUCGGCUGCACCUUCUUCAUUGUGGAGUACGACGAAACGGAUAGCGAUGAGCUGCCCAUUUGGCUGGACACCAUUCGGCAGUUCGGCGGCGACAUUGAGCGUGUCUAUUGCCCGCGCGUGACGCACGUCAUCUGUCGCACCCAGCGACACGGGAUGGUGAUGCAGGCGCUGCGCGAUGCCAAGCGUUGUGUGACCGCCUAUUGGUUGAGCGACAUUUGCCUGAAGCGUCAAUUGAUGCCACCGUGGCAGCCACUGCAUUUGCCGUUCCCCAGUCAGUUUGGAUAUCGCAAGCCGUUGGAACGUUACAUCAUCACCUCGGAGGGAUUUGAGGGUGAGGAAGUAGUGCGUUUGCAGCAAAUGGCCGAGGAAUGCGGAGCCAUUUACACCUCGUAUCUGUCCAAGGUGAACACGCUGGUGGUGUGCAAACAGCUCGAGGGCAACAAGUUCAAUGCGGCCAAAGAGUGGAACAUACCCAUGGUGAAUGCGCUCUGGCUGAGCGAUGUCUGCAUUGGCAAUCUGAGCGGACUGACGCAGUACGACAAUCCCAAGUAUCAACAGUACAAUCUGGUCGCACCUUUCCGUAUUGAGUGUAAUCUGGUGGCGCAUCUGCUGACUGCGUGGAAGGCGCCCAUAAAUCUGACGCAAGAGGCGCAUGAGCGCGUCAAGCGGCAUCUCAGCGAUCCGUUCGCCAAUGAGCAGAAACUGAAGCGACAGAAGAUGAGCGUCUAUCAGGAGCAUCUGCCGGAGCAAAUUGUGUGCCUUGAGUAUCCGCAGAGUACGAAGCCACCGAAGGUCAUCUUCUCGCAGGUUGCCGACGCGGAGUCCCUCAAAAGAGCAGUCAUACUGCUGGGCGGCAUUGUGGUGGACAGUCCGACGGACGCGACGCAUCUGGUCAUGACGCGUGAGAGUCGCACUUGCAAGCUAAUCCAGGCCUGUUGCCAUGUCGACUAUGUGCUCAAGUCCAGCUGGCUGGUGGACAGCGCCAAGGCGGGCAAGUUUGUGCCCCCCGACGACUAUCGCAUCCAGCACAUACCCGUGGAUGAGAAUCUGCAAUUCGAUCUGGACACGGUAUUGUGUGCGCCAACGCGCUCUACGUUGUUCGCCGGCAAAUGUUUCUUUGUGACGCCGGAUGUGUUUCCAGCCCGGGAGGAAAUCAUACGUAUGAUUGAAUCCUCUGGUGGCAAGGUGGAACUGAAGCGACGCACCGGUGCCGCCGUUGCCGAGGCGCAUGUUCAGGCCCCCGACUCGUACAUCAUUGUCACCUGCCCGACCGAUAUGCACUUGUGUGCUGAUCUCACGCGACAUGGCAAUCCAAAGUGUCACAUUGUGUCCACGGAGUUUGUGAUGAGCUCCAUACUGCGACAGCAGUUGGAAAUCGAACCCAAUCUGAUACCCUACCUCUACAACAACAACGUUUCCAACAGCAGUGGCGGCAUCAACAACCUCAACAACAUCAACAGCAGCAGCAGCAACUUGAACAGCAUGAACAACAAAUCCUAGCGACAAGCCAGCUCCACGGCGCUGAGAGUCUAAGAAUUUUUGCAAUUGUUACGAAGUGGGUGGAGGUGGAGGAGGAGAAGUAAGAAUAGGAUCAGGAGGCAACUGUGCGCUGUGAAUGCAACUCUAGUCCA